AUGGGAGACGACGAACAUCAGCACGAUUUCCAUGAAGCUGGAUCCGGUGCUUCAGCCACCUACCCUAUGCAAUGCUCAGCUCUUAGAAAGAAUGGUUAUGUUCUACUCAAGGGUAGACCAUGUAAGAUCGUUGAAAUGACCACUAGUAAGACCGGCAAACAUGGACACGCAGCAAUUCACCUUGUUGGUCUCGAUAUUUUCACUGGAAAGAAACUCGAAGAUAUUUCUCCUUCUACUCAUAACAUGGAUGUUCCAAAUGUUAAUCGCACUGAAUUCCAACUUAUAAAUAUUGAUGACAAUUACUUGAGCUUGAUGACAAAUGACGGCUCCACCAAGGAUGAUGUUCGUGUUCCUGAAGGUGAAAUGGGUGAAAAGAUCCAAUCUGAUUUCGAUGAAGGCAAGGAACUUUUGGUCACCGUUAUCAGUGCGAUGGGAGAGGAAUCUGUUAUCUCCUAUAAGGAGGCACCUAAAGGCACCUAA